AUGACGCAGCCCUGGUACAUGCCGGCGCUGUGGCCGCUGGGCCACGUGGGCUCUGCGCUGCAAAAGGACCAGGAGCCGGCUGAACUGAAGGCGACCGCCUCGCUGGACUUGUGGGGAACCCUCACCUCUUUCGCGGCGUCGGCCCGCUCUUUCCUACUGGCCUACCUGGCUGUCCACGUCGCCUAUGCGGAGGGAGGCUACCCUGCCUUUGGUGCAGCCAAAGAAUGGAGCUUGGCGUGGAUGUGGCCAAUCCUGAUGCGGAAUCUCCUAGCGACGUGGUGUAUUUGCGGCUUCUGGGAUUGGUUCCUGUACAUGUCGCCAAUGAAGGAGGCGCUGCGCCGCUUCAAGAUGAACCCGAAGUAUCCGCCCUUCUCGCAGAUCCGCCACGACGCGGUGGCGACCACUGUAGCGACGCUUUGCGCUACUGCUGUGGAGGUGUUGAUGUGCCACCUCUGGGCCACUGGGCGUCUGCCGAUGCAGCGGAGCAUGGCAGAGACGCCGCUGCGGAACUUUGUGAUGGCUCUCACCAUUACGCACUGGCGCGUUCCCCAUUUCUACCUCAUGCACCGUGCCUUCCACCCCUGGCGCACCACCCGGGUGCCGGACCUCGGCAAGGUGCUCUACCGGUAUGUGCAUGCGCAACACCACAAGAGCUACAUACCCACUGCCUUCGGUGGAACCAACAUGCAUGUUGUGGAGGCCACGUGCUACUAUGGGCAGCCGGCUCUCUUCACGGCCUUCUUCGCUCGCUUGCACCCGGCCAUGGCUCUUGCUUGCAUGUUCGAUUGCGCUGUGGGGGCCUGGCUGGGCCACGAUGGGUUCCGCUGGCCUGGCUCCGGGGAUUACUUCCACCAGUUACACCACGAGCACUUCGACUGCAAUUAUGGGGCCCAACACAUCCCCCUGGACCAGUGGAUGGGCACUUACUGCGGCAGCAAGGCUGACCUCAAGAAGGUUUGGGGCAACCAGAAGGUUGGCCGGGAGGCCAAUCUGAGUGACACCAAGAUCUGGGACUGCAAGCUGGCGCAGCAGCUGCAGAACGUCCUCCUCGCCGAGAGCCCCGAUGCCUCGAAAGAGGCUCAGGCACGGUGCCGGGCCAUCCGUGAGGCCUUUGCGCAGGAGCUCCACCUGGCGUUGCUCCAGAGGGGUGCGCCAACAGAGGUGGGGCAGCCUCAGCCUUUGCGGGUGGAGGUUCGAGGCACCGCAGGCCGGGUGCUUCUGGAUCGAGCUCUGGCCGUAGGUUCCCAAGCAGAAUGCGACGUUCAGGUCUUCGGCGAUGAAGCGGUGCUACCUCUUCAGUUCGUGGUUGUGGUUCUGCCCUUUUGCACAGUGGUCGCCGAUUUCUGGUCAGGAGAGACACGUGCUACGUGGCGCAUGAGUGUGAAGAAUCCUGGUAUGGGCGUGUCUGCGCCUCAAGGCGCAACAUUUACGAUCGCACCAGAGGAGAGGGUAGUUUUCCAGGUAGGUGCCAACAGCACCGUGGCCCUGGGGCCUUCAGUGGAAAAGCUGCAGCGCGCAAGGAGGAAGGCAGCCCGUACUUUUGGAGACGCGUUCUGCCCCUCAGCAGAGGCUGAGAAGCAGGACUUCUGUCCCAAGAAGUGCCGGAAGUCCUCCUCCGCGAGCAACCUGACCGACAUAGAUACCAAGCUGGUAGCCACGGGAGGCGCGCGGUGCCAGUAUUUCACCCGUAUUCGAAGCGGCAAGAACAGGACCCACAGGAAUGGCUCCCGGCACACCGCGUCUCGUGAGCGUGCCAAGACGCGAGACGCGUUGCAGACACAUUUGAACCAUGGCUUUCAGAAUGCCCCUGGCUGCUUAGACGUGACCCGGGCUGAUGUGGCCUGCCUUUGGGAGAUCUCAGAGCAGUCGGCUUCAAGUCUAGACGCCAAAAGGGCGGCCUUGGACGAGGGUUUAAGGAGCCUGGCACCGGUGAGCCUCAGUUUUAGAGGCGGCACCGCGAUGCCUCCAAAGAAUUCGGUCAACCCAGAGCUGGAUGAGGUGAUUGCAAGACCAGAGAACCGGAUCUGUGCAGACUGCGGCGCCAAAGCGCCACGCUGGGCCUCCGUGAAUCUCGGGGUCCUUGUUUGCAUCGACUGCAGUGGGACCCACCGCUCUUUGGGAGUCCACGUGUCCGUAGUGAAGAGCGUGACGCUGGACAAGUGGCAGCCAAAAUGGAUAAACACAGUUGGCAAGAUUGGCAAUCGCAUCGGCAACGACUACUACCUCUACAGACUUCCUAGGGAUGUGCAGCAGCCAUCAGAAGGCGACAGCAAAGAGAAGAUUGCGAGCUGGAUCCGCAACAAGUACGAGAGAAAGGACUGGGCACCCAGGAACCGCCUGAGUCCCUCGGAGCUUUUGGCCCAGGGUCGCGAUCCUGAGUCUUUCAACGGCCGGGACGACGACGACCGCGAUCGCCGAGAUCGCCGAUCAGGCCGAGACCGCGAGAGCCCGCCCCGGGAGGAGAGGAGAGGUGACCGCGACCGCCGGGACCGGCGGCGAACCCCAAGCCCUGAGGCUCGCCCGCGACCUGCAAAGGCAGCGCCGCAGCGCGCGCCGGAGGCCUCGGUGGACCUUCUGGGCAGCUUCGAGUCAGCACCAGCGCCACCCGCACCCGCGAAAGCGGAGAGCGGCUGGGCUGAGUUCAGCUCGGCUCCUGCGCCCUCCGGUGGAUCUCAGGCGCAGACCUACAAUGGCGAUAGAGGCCUGACAGAUCUCUUUCAGCCGCAGCAAGGGCAUCAGAUGCCGCACACACACCAGCAGCCUCAGCAGCACCAGCAGCCUCAGCAGCCUCAGCAGCACCAGCAGCAGCAGCAGCAGAUGCAGCACCAGCAGCAGCAGAUGCAGCAGCAGCAGAUGCAGCAGCAGCAGAUGCAGCAGCAGCAGAUGCAGCAGAUGCAGCAGCAGCAGAUGCAGCAGCAGAUGCAGCAGCAGCAGCAGCAGCAGCAGCAGCAGCAGCAGCAGAUGCAGAUGCAGCAGCAGCACAGGGCUCACAGGAUGUGA